AUGUCUGCUCCCGGAUUCCCAGCACACCUUCCUCACCGCUACCCUCCUCUUCCCGGGAAGGGACUCAGUGGUCUUUCCUAUAUUCGCAAGCACUUCUAUGUUCCCGAGGUGAUUCCUCUAGUAGGAGUCGUACUGUGCUCGCUCGGAAUGGGCGUAUACUUUAGUCAAGGAGCUGCCAGGAAGAAUGACGUGCAAUGGCAGCCCCGCACACAACCCUGGCUCCGGACUCCUACUGAACGCACUCACUGGGAUGGUAUAGGAGGCGUCAAAGAGAUGAUCCAGAAGGAUUUGAGGAAAUAA